AUAUAUAUAUAUCUGUAUUUGUCUUAAUUUGUUUGUAUGAAUUUUUAAAUUGUAUGCACUUUCGGCCAUUUGGGAGAUGCACGUUAUAAAUAUUAGGUAAAUAUUGGGUAUUAAAGCGUGUAUUCCUGACAUAGGGAAAUGUGGAACCGGGUAUAUUUAUGAAUUAUAUGGUGUGAGAAUUUAUUUACCAUUUAUUACUAUUACUUCAUGACUUUGAUAACUUCAAUAUUGUGAUAUUCAUGGAUUUCUCUUGGAGGAUUCUAUUGGAUAUGAAUUUUGAUUCCUUUUGCCAUAUUUUAUGUAGGGUCUGAGGAAUGAGACUAAUAUAAAUCUUUUUCCCAGCCUGGUUGAGGUCACGAGCCUGUUCAAAGGGCAUUAUAAAGCGUGGAGUGUUUCGUAGGAGUUCUAUUCACUGUAUAUUGGUUUGUGUGUGUGUGUAAAGCUUGGACAGAAGGCAUUUACCACCAUGUACACACACAAUGGAGCCCAGCAUGGGGAGUGCGUACAUAGCAGGGUACCGAAAUGAGCUCACCAAGGCUCUCUUUUUACCCCCUUCAUUCUCUCUGGUUCCCUCUCUCCUUUUCUCUCUUCUUCUCUCUCCAUUUGCCCACACUCACAGAACGCAAACACAGUCAUAUCAAUGACUGAGUAUUAACACACACUUCUAUACACACACACACAUUCUGGAUGCAUUGAACACAUGUGCAUGGCAUGUACGUGGUAUCAGUGUAGAAUAAAUAGGGGAAUCCAGAUACCGGUAAAGCUGGGAGCGCCCUAUCAUUGCAGGUCAUGUCCAUGUGCGUUGUACGUUGGUUGUUAUACGCAAGUCAGUGUGUUCUUCAUUCACAAUAUAAGCAGUCAGCAAGGCUUCCCUGCUAUUUCUGUAGAGGAAUAGCGGGACAUCACAUGAAGCGCUACUCGCCGGCUGUGCGGGAUUUCUAAAUGCAGACCACGACCGGCUAGUGAUCGUUCUCUUUUUCUCUUUCUCGUGCAUUCGGCUGGGAUCGGUCUUGCUCUCACGCAGUCUCUCAUUCAUUCAUUCUUCCAAAGAGUUUCACAGAAGCCUUGAUGGAUCGAGCUCGAGGUUGCCUUUGAAUCGGUAGCAUGGGACUGUAGAAGUGGUGUGGACCUGCGUAUUCUUGCCAACAAAGAUUUCCCAAUCCAAGGAAUUAGCCAUCCCUAUUAAUCCCUCGGAAUCGUUCACGUGGAACUACCAUUUGACCAGGACUCUGCGUUUCCCACAUAUUUCAUCUCCAUCCAAUCCCCUUUUCUUGAUGAUGUUCAUGUGGCCUACGUUCAUGCAUAGGGUGUAGGCAUAGUUAGCCCCCCUCUUGCUAUUGAAGCAACGGAAAUCAUAUCUGUUCUGGAUAUCGGUGCUGUGCCCUGCCGUACAUGUAUGCGGUUGGAUAUACUCUAGGAGGUACUGUUGGCUAUCGUAGAGCGUCGUGGUUCGGCGGACCAGGUUUUUCUCAUGUCGGGCAAGACGGAGAGGAAACUUCAGGGCAAGUCGGCAGAGGACAAGAUGCGUGUUGUGUCAUCCAACCAAUUGUCGACGGAACAAGAUGACAUCAAGCCCCAAGUGUCUUGCACACCUUCAACAUCGUCAGCUGUAAAACCAACUUUAUUAUUACCACCAUCAUCUCCGUCGACAUCGGCGACAUCUUCACCCUCGCCAUCGCCGUCGACUUCAUCACUAGGUAGUCCGCCUCCAAGCAACUGGGCGCAUAUUAAGUUUAAGAUAGAAAAAAAGGCACCGCGUACAUCAUCGUCCUCGUCGUCAACAGCCUCACCAUCGCCAUCUUCGUCGUUGUUCCACGUCUUUCCACCACCCACUUCACCGCAUCUAGGGCAUAGCCAGCCGGGUGGGUCGUCAUCAUCGUCGUCCUCAUCGACGUUGCCGCCGCUCUCAUCGUUGCCUUCCAGUUCAGGCAUCGCUCGUUCGUCAAGCAUUCCAACAGUGUUCGCUGCUCCUCCCACACAAACUGCUGGAUCAGUGUUUCAUCGCAAAGCACAAGAAGAACUCGCUCGCAAACCAGCUUUGAAAGAGCUUUUACAACCUAGCAAAAUGGAUCCCACUAUGUCUAUGAACUACAACAAUAUGCAACAAGGAGCAUUGCCUCCAAGUUAUUCACCCAGCUAUUCACCUUACCCAUGUAUGAUGCCCCAAGAAGGCCAGUCAGCAUCCCUACCAACACAGAUGCCACUACCCAAUCUCCCCCAUCCCAGCCCGCCAGAGUCUCCACCGCCCCCGCCCAGGGUCUACAAACCAUGCUUUGUUUGCCAGGACAAGUCUUCCGGAUACCACUAUGGGGUCAGCGCCUGCGAAGGUUGCAAGGGUUUCUUCCGACGGAGCGUGCAGAAGAACAUGCAAUACACAUGCCACCGCGACCAAAAGUGCAUCAUCAACAAAGUCACACGGAAUCGCUGCCAACACUGCCGACUCAAGAAGUGUUUCGAAGUUGGAAUGUCCAAAGAAUGCGUGAGGAACGACAGGAAUAAGAAGAAAAAGAAGAAUGAUGAGGUGACGGAGAGCCUGGUAAUUCCAACCGAAAUUGAAGAUAUCCUGCAGGAAGUUCUACGAGCCCACAGGGACACCUUCCCACAAAGACCACUACACCCAAUCCACAAUGUGCAGGAUGAGGAGGAAGAAGGGGUCCAAAAUCACCCCAUUAGUAACUUCAAGGGUCAAGACAUCGAUAUGGUCAUGUUUGAUUACGUAACGGACAUGUCAUCGAGGGCCAUCGUCAUGGUGGUGGACUUUGCCAAGAAGCUGCCUGGAUUCCUGACAUUGAGCACGCAAGAUCAGAUCACCCUCCUCAAAGCCUCUUGCCUUGAUAUCAUGAUCCUGAGGAUAUGUUCCCGAUUCAAUCCACAAGAUGCUAGUGUGACAUUUACCACCGGACUGACCCUUACCCAGGGUCAACUCAAGGCUGGUGGCUUCGGCAGUCUCCUUGACGUGAUCUUCACAUUCGCUUCAUCUCUCUCCAGAAUGCAUAUUGACGAGACUGAGAUCGCGUUACUAUCAGCCAUCUGUCUCAUCAGUGAAGACCGGACUGGUUUAGAGGAUGCUCCAAGGAUAGAGAAGAUGCAGGAGCCAUUGUUAGAAGGGUUAAGACUCUACGUCCGCAAACGACGACCCAAGGAGUCACAUUUCUUUGCUAAGCUCCUGAUGAAGAUCACAGAUUUACGCUGUAUCAGCGUCAAGAGUGCAGAGAAGGUAUUUGACAUGAAGGUGGAGUUUGUCAAAGAGAUGCCAGCUCUAAUCUCAGAGAUGAUCGACAAGAAUGACGACGAGUAGCCAUCCAUGCAGCUCCAAAAAUAAGGAAAAUGGAAAGAACAGAACAAACCGACCAAUCAAAUUACAUGUUAAUUUUUGUAUUUUGUCCGACCAAUCAGGAGCUGCCUUUCUCUUGUCACUGCUUUGUAGGAUACAAUGAAGAAGUCGCAAAGCAUUGAGACGGAUGUUAUAUUUGAAUGAGUGACUGAUCCUGUAUGUAUGUGAGUGAAUGUGUGGGUGGGUGCAUAUAUGAGUUCAAAUGGAAUGAGUUGUGUGUGAGAGAAUUGUUAGUUUACGGGCUGGUCACACCUCGCCUAUUUAUUACAAAAUCAAAGAAAAGCUUUUUGAUCUCUUUCCAGAAUAGGUGCUGGUGUCAAGAGAGCGUGAACCAUUUUGCUACAUGAUCAUCCAGUACCUUUUCUGAAUUAAACAGUUUGCUUCAUUCUGGUGAUAUGUGACCAGUCUUCAUUAGUUUUCAUGUUUAUUCUUUGAUGUAAAAGAUUGAAAAAGAGAGUAAGCUUGUGUGUGAGCUUAUGCAGAGAAAUGGUUGUAACAACCACUAAAUGUUACAGUUAUCAAAAUUAUAUUUUUGUGAAGUAUGCCAUAAAGAUUGUGGGAUAUAAUCGGCAGUGUUAAGGAAGAUAUAUUGUUUUUAAGAUAAUUAAACGAAUGGACCCAUUCUGAUGUAUUUACAUCCUCAUUUGCUAGAAUGAGUUUUUAGCUUUGAAGAAUUGGAUUAGGGAAUUCUGUACAGGUGUUAUGUUCAGGAGCUUGUGUUUUAUCAGAGAGAUAUUAUUUUUACGCCCUUCCAUGGUGAUUGAUGGUGAUUAUAGUGAUUCUAUCCUCCUUUAUAUCUAUGCAUCUUGAUGCAGUUGCAAUCAGUGAUUUGUGCGUCAAAUUUACAUCAUAUGUACAUGUUCAAUUCAGAGGGGGAAACCCCCUUGUUUAUUUCAGUGGUAUGCAAUGUAAACCACUGGCAAACAUGGUGGUUUUCCCCUGUUUUUAAUGAAGUGCACUUACAGUCAAUAUUUGUAUUUCAUGUGAUUUUGUUUUUGGUUCACUCACUCUGAUGCAAAUUCAAUCAAAGCAAAUCAAAGGGAAAAAAUGAAUGCUAAAAAAAUGAAAAUCUUUUCCAUUCUAAGUCUACCAUGAUUAUUGCAAUUCAUGUUUCAUUUCCAUCUUCCUGUAAUAGGUAGAAGUAUGACUUUUAUAUAUUUCUUUGAAAAAACAAAGAUAAAGUAAUUAUGUUUACUGACCAUUUUGAUGUGAGAAUCAGAAUGUGAAUUAUCUUUAUACAAAAGUGUUGAAUCAAAAUCACUUCUUAUGCUACUUAGACAUCAUGAAAUAUAUGGAAAUUUACAUGUCGGUUCUCUGUAAAACAUACGCAUGAACGGAACACAAUAUGUCAUAUAUGCCCAAUAUUCUGUAUAAAGAAUCUUUCCACUUUCCCACCCAUUCUAAAAUAAGUAAUAUGUAGUCUUCAAUAGCUGUGAACAUAUAGCUGUAAACAUAUAUGAUUGAUUAUGUGGUUGAUAACACUGUAUGCAUGUAUGAAUAUCUGUGGAGAAUAAAGUGGAAUUUUUAGUGUGACACUGAAUUGGUAUUCAUUGCAUAAGCAUUUUUGCUCAUCAAAUGGGAGAAAGUUUUAUAAUUCAAGAAUAAUACAGUAAUCACCAAGUAUCUGAUAUCUCCUCAUUCAUAUGAAAAUCUAUUUUGAAAUAUCUGUGCUAGAGAGAAGAAAAAUGGGAUGGGUUUUGUCUGAUUGGCAACCAAUUACCUCACAAAUCUUUUCAGGUAUAUGCAAAACAAGAACAUUCACACUAAAAAUUCUACCACUCUUCAAAAUUACUGGUGCUAUUUACGAGGAAGGAGAGUAGAAUGACUAAUCUAUUUUUUUUUUUCAUCGCUGCCUAGAAAAUUUUCCACCCUCUUUCACCCACUUGCCCUCUCAGAAAUCAGUGUUUCCCUCAUAUUGGCAAUUGUAGGGCUAAUGCUCUUUGAGAGGGAAAGGGGUCAAAGCAACAAAUGCUAUGAAUCACUGCCAUUUUAUCUAAGAUAGUCAUUAUCAUUCUCUGAUUUUAAAAAAGAUAUCUGUGUAUACUGCCGUAAUGUACAUUCUCAGACAUGAAACUGAGUUUCCUCAAUAUAUGAAUUUUGUAGGGGCUGUUUACAUUGACCUCAGAUUCAUGGUCAUUAAAGGCUGUCCUGGGUUCUGUUUCAUAAAGACUUAUUGUAAUAGCAAAUAUUCAUUUUAUAUAACAAAUUACUAUUAGCCAAUCAGAAUGAAUGAUUUUAAUAGUCUUAAAUGUUAUUACAAUAACAUUUAAAUCCAUUGAAAAAAUUCAUGAUAAAAAUCAUUUUCAUAUUAACAAAUUUGUUAUUAUAAAGCCUUUUAUGAAACGGACCCAAGAUAUCCUUCACAGGUAGGAGGGAACAUGUCUUUUCUGCACAACAUGUACAAUGCAAUGACUGUGUACAUCAUAUGACUUUGAAAAAAAAGGAAUGUAUGUGUGAACAGGUCCAUGCCAUCUAUCCAGCAAUAACACUAAAGUAUUUAUGUCAUCAUAAUGACUGAAACUGAUUGAAAAUGGCACAACUUUGUACAAUUAACUAUACAGUGCUAUUUUCAUGUUUGUAGACAAGACAUCUUUCAUGCUCUUGUAACCACAUAUUCUCAAUUCUACCAAUUUGGAUCUACACUGCAUUACAAUAUGACUUGCAAUGCUCUGUGUUGUAAUUUAAACAGCUAUUUAACCCUGCGUAUAAUUGUAUUCCUUGUGUUUCUGUUUCAUGAAUUAAACUCUUCAAUGAUAGAUGAUGAUGUGGUUUGAUUUAGGGCCUGUGUUUAUGUCUUUGAAACUGAUCAAAAUUUUUAUACAAAGUGAUAUUUUCCUCCAUCUUUCUUCCUUUGCCUCUGUUAUCAUUUGAGUUAAUUCUUAGCUCGGCACCGGCACUUAAACGUUUGUACAGAGUUAAAAAUGUUGUUCUUCAUUUUUUUUUUCAAAUAUUGAACUGAAAUAACAAGUUGUAGAUAUGCGAGGAGUAUUUUUAUGAUCAUGUAAAGUGUGAUAAUUGUGUUCUUUUGGGGGUUGUAUUAUUAUUGUUUGUUGAUAUAUAAUGAAAAAAAUAUGAUUUUUUUACAUACCCCAUGUAAAGUUUACAUGUUUCUACUUCAUAGCAUUUUCUCCCUUUUUUUUGCAAAGAUAGCUAAGGCAUGGUUUGUUCAAGAAUAAUUUUUAUGAGCAAGAUUAAAAGUUAGGGUGAACAAUUGUGGUUUUAAAAUUGAAUUUGAGAUGCAGAUGUUUCAGUUUUCAACAUUUAACUACAUGCCUCCAGUACUAAGACGUAGGCUUAAAGCCUUAUAAAAAAAAUUAUUAUUUGUUAUCAAAAGUUGUUUUUUUGCUUUCAAAGCUUGCUUGCCCUAUGUGUUCAAAAUAUGUAAUGAUAAUUAGGUUGGUAGAUUCAAAAUAUGAUUUAUUUAAUGAUUGAUUUUUUUUUAAUCAAACAGGAUAAGAGAUUUUUUAGAUGAAAUCAUAAUUAAUUUGUUUUUAAAGAAAAUUCUAGGUUUCCCUACCUGUAUUGUUGCUCAAAGUUACAUUUGGCUGGUAAAAGAAAGCUCCACAUUCUAGAACAAUUUUUAGGGCAGGUUUUUUUUUCUUAAUGACAGAUUUAUAUGUAUGACACAGUAAAUGAAAUUCAAAAUAUUUUGGUUCUAUUGCUACAUAUAUUAUCAUUUUAUUUACUGAUGUAACAUGAUACAGUAUUUAUAAUAAUAAUUAAUGUAAAGUAAUAGACAGGUGAAGUUAAACAUUUCUCUCAAAUCCUGAUAUUUUUGCCUUUUAUGUGCAUAGUGAGACAUAUUAAUAAAAAAAAAGGUAAAUGAUAAUAAUUUGUAUACUGACCUGAAAACCCCCUCUGUGAAACUCUCUGAGAAUUUACUAGGCAAUGUUUUUCAUAUAUAAUAUAUAUUAUUAUACAACUUGUACAUGGUUUACAUGUAUUAUCAAAGAGAACAAACAUAAAAGAUGUGCUAUGGCAUCAUGUGUGAAAGAAUGAGAUAUAUAUUUGCUUUUAUUGCAGAUAUAUAAAACCUUUUUUUGUUUAUAGUUCAUUAUUCUGUAAAGAGUCGUCAUUGUUGGAAUGUUUUAUGGGGUGGGGUGUGGGGAUGGUCGACAUGAAAGCUUGAAAUUGCUUUUGAAAUUAAAUUGUUUCUUGAACCAUGAGCCUAUAAAUUAUUUGAUUCAAGAACUUGUUUUUUCUUUUUCUUAUCCCUUUCUCAUUGUGUUAUCAAUUGGGGGAUUAGCACAAAUGGUCACCUAUCUACGCAGCUGGUAUGUACAGUUUGAUAUACCUACUGAAAUUAUUGAGACAUAAAAUUUAACAAAAAUUGUCUUUUUACUCUCGAACUAUUAAGUAUCAAAGUGAGAAUUUUACUUUUCUCUAUUUUUUUUUCUUUCUUUCUCUCUCUUUUUAAGAUAUGAUUUUGAUAUGUGAAAUGCCUGUAUUUAUGAUGUAUCAUAAAAGAAGCUUUAAAGAAAGGAAGCGACAGUUUAGACUAGUAUUACAACAUUCAGGACAUGCAAGAGAUAAUUCUAUUGAAGCUUGUACUUUCUUCCAAAAAAAUGAAUCCAGAAUGCACGAAAGAAAAUUAUUUUAAAGAAUUUUAAAUUCUUAAUGUCUUGACUGGAAGAGAGAGAGAGGUGAGCAUAUAAGUGUGUCAGCAUUAUGUUUCAAUAUAGUUGUAUAUAGCAAAUAAUUUGAAACACUCACUGAAGAAACAGAGAGGGGAAUAAAAGUAUGAAAACACAAUAAUGGUUAAUAUUCACCAUGUAUUCUUUGAAGGUUUUACAAACCAUUGUCAUUCGCCUAUGGUGAUUUAUAGCUCUUAACAAAGCUAGGGAAAUGAUUUGUAAAACUCUUUGUAAAGUAAAUCAUGACAUUUAGUGUGGUAAGCCAUGUGAUCAUCAAUUAUUUCAAUCACGUAAGCUGAAACAGACUGAUAUUUAUACCACUGACGUGCAAAAGAAGUGGAAAAUUCACACUAUUUCAAUAAUUAUUCAAGGAUGUUUUAAAAGGCUCAUGUUCCAACUGCGAAUGAAGUUCACUCAUGCAUAACUUUUCAAACAGCUUUCUGAAUUGUGAUUGAUAAAAUUAUUACACAAAAAAUGCUUCACACUCCCAUCUUAUGUCAUUGAUUUGAUAUAAACUUAUCAUAUGUGUAUAUUCACAUAAUAUUUUUGCCCUUAUUAUCCCCUCAUUUUGUCUCAUUUUCUUCACUUGAGUAUAUAUUUUGAAAGUAUAUUUUGAAAUCCAUUGUAUGUAAAAUGGCCAUUUCAUUCUUUGUUUUUGUAAAUUAUAUAUGUUCACUUUUUUGUAUAUCUAGUGAGUGUUGUUGUUUUUUGCGCGAAACACUCAUGUAAUGAAUAGUCAUUUGAAUGUAGGGAGACAGUGUCCUUUUACGAAGGAUAAAUUGAGAUUGUGUUUUUAAAAAAAUAUGUUCAUAUUUAAGACUGUUAAUUCAUGUAGGGAUAGGAAGAGUGCUCUAUUUUGUUGUUGAGAAUUAAAUAAGAAUUGAUUAUGAACGAGAGAAGGGAACUCACUUUUAGAAGGUGAGGAAUUAAGCUAUGGAUGUAACCAGCAAAAAUUUACAUUUUUGAACAAUAAAAAAAAUGAGGAAAAAUU